AUGGUUAUAGUAGAGAAGUUUGUGGUCCUCAUGUAUGACAGGUCUAGCACUGUAGAUGGUGUGGAUGAGGCUAGACUCGACUUAUUUGCCAGAAAGCAGAGACCAUAUGAAGCCAUCCCUCCAACCAGAGCAGCUCUAAUUCAACACGCUAAACGUGCAGCAUAUCAGGCAGGUUGUGGUUGGGCUCAGGGAAUUCUGCGCCAGCCAGAAGCAGAGAGUCCAGCUGACCUGGGAUGGGAGAAGAUUGGCAAGAAUGGAAAACCUUCUGGACAGUCAACUCUCCCAUUGCAAAGAGUUAAAGCUCUGGGUGGCUACGGCAAGUCUCUGUCUAAAGAGCAGCUGCAGAGAGUGGUGGACAACACAAACACCAGCAGCCCUCUCUACCUCAACAUCCUCGUUGCGGAACUGGAGGUGUUUGGUUCCUUCCGCCAGCUGGAUGACAAGAUUAACACUCUCCUCAAAUCUAACAGCAUUGAGGAAUUGUGUGCCUCACUCUUAGAGAGGUUAGAAGCUGAUUACAACACCCCUGAUUACCCUAAUGUUGUACAGAUGGUGGUUCAGCUGCUGCAAGUGGCACAUGAGCGUCUGUCUGAGAGUGAGAUCAUGGACGUGCUGGACAUCUCUAUCACCGUGUGGCUGCCACUGUACAGGGUGGUGGUUCAACUGCUGCAAGUGGCACAUGAGGGUCUGUCUGAGAGUGAGAUCAUGGAAGUACUGGACAUCUCUAUCACCGUGUGGCUGCCACUGUACUGUGCACUGGAACAGUUUAUAGUUCUACGCUCAGGAUUGCUCAGGUUCUCCUUCCCACAACUUGGGCAUGCGGUAGAGAAGAGGUACCUCACAUCUACACAAGACAGGUCGUCAGCCUUAAAGAUUUUGAGCCACCCAAUCUGGCCGCAAGUGCCCUUCUCAAUACGGAAACGUCCUGCAUUUGAGUUACCAUGGUUACUGGAGGAACUGGGAGACAAGGGAGGGCUCAGCAAGACUCUGACUGAUUUGAAUGUGUUCAGCACUCUGAUGAAGUUGUGUGUUCUUUCCACAUCCCACCUGUCACAGAAGCUCCUGUUUCACCUGGAGAACGUGCGGUACUUCAUGGACCUGGCAGGAUGUAAGGACGGGGUGGCAAAGGCUGGACACAAGGUCAUCCAAACCUUAGAGAAGCUGAAGGGUCAGUGUGAGGAGACAGCCAGACAAGAUCUCCUUUCUGAACAUCGAUACUACCUGGCCUGUUGUCUGUGUGACCGGGGCGAAUACAGGGAGGCAGAGGCACUACAUGCACAGGUCAUCCAGUACUGGAGAGACACAAUUGCCAGUGGAGUAGUGGACAUUAAACAAGCUGAGACUAAACUGGCCUGGGCUCUGAAUGGACGUGGUUUGGUUCACUUCCAGCAGCAGCAGUAUGCAGAGGCUGAGCCCCAAAUGAGAGAGUCUGAAAGCUACCACAAGAAACAUGGCAACAAGUUGAAUGAGGCGGACUGCCUGGUGAACCUGGGCCUGGUGCAGCUGAGGACAGACAACCCCAAGAAGGCUGUAGAAGAGUUCCUUGCUGCUCUCAAGUUGUAUGAAGCUGUCCACUAUGACUCUGUCCCACACACCAUUGGGAACCUGUACACGAACUUGGGUCUCGCCUACAAACACAUGAAUCAACUCGACUUGGCAGAGAAGUACUAUUUCCAGUCAGUGGAGGUGAAGGCCAAGUCAGUUGGUGGAGAGCACCCUACCCUGGCCACAGCCUACUUGAACCUGGGAACGCUGGAGGGUGCUCGCAAAGACUGGACUCGGGUGGAGGAGUACACACUCAAGGCCAUUCACAUCUAUCAGGUGAACAGUUACGGCAUUGAAAGCAAGGAGUACCGUAACUGCCUGGAGAACCUCGUCAAUGGCUACCUGCACCAGGGGAAGUAUGAAGAUGCCACUUCCCCCUACUGGACUGUAUUUGAUGCCCUGACCUCUCAAGGUCGGAUGAGUGAGUGCCUGACAUGGGUACACAACACGAUGGCAAAACACUACCUGGACAGAGGUCAGUACGACCAAGCAGACCGCAUUCUCAAGGCACUGGUUCACAGUCCAAGGAAGACAGCAGCUACGUUUUUGUACAUUGACCAGCUUGACCAGGCCAGAUCAGCCAAGACCAGACCUGACCGCCCCAGAGAGGAGACACUUGACCAUGGCCUGACUGUAUACCCACACAACCUGCACCUGUUGAAGCAAAAAGCUGUGACACGCUACAUCUGUAGUGGGGAUGUGGAUGGAGCCAUGAAGUACUGGCGCUCAGUUGGAGCAAGAGCAGAGCACUAUGCUUCACUUGUGGAGUGGUGUCAAGAGGCAGGCAAGCAACACAUGGCAGCAGAUGUACUACAGCAGGCCCUUAAACUGUUCCCUGAUCUAGGAUGAAGAUGGAGUCCCAGUGAGGUGACUGAUCUGCCCGGCUCCUGAGCAACAACUGACUUCCAGCGAACAUUGUUUUUUUAUCCAAAGAAGAAGAUAACAUUUUCAGACAACUUUUUUUGCCAGCUUAACAAGUUGAAACUCGACAUAAAACAGGCUGCUAAUCAUUUAGAAUAAUUUAGAUUUAUGACUGAUGAUGACGAGCUUUCCCCUCUUCCUCUCACAUUCAUUCACAUGCAACCACAACAGCAUUUAGAAGAGAAGUGGCUGAAGAGCAUGUAAAGGAAAGAAUUUGGUAGAUAAAAAAACAAUGUGAAACACUCUUACGUAAUGCCAGACCUGUGAUUUCUGUCCAAUCAAACCUCACUUUCCCAGACACAUGCAUAUGAUAAAUAUUGUCUGCAUAAAUACACUUCCACAUAUCUGAAUCCCAGUCAUGGACCGACCAUUCUGGCUGUGAGACAGUGAGCUGUGCUGACACUCGGUCACCCUUCCCUAUUGAUGGGAUCAUCUCUAUCCUCAUUUCAGUGUCAAAUGACAAUGACUGCUCAACUAACGAUCCAGAUGCAAGUAAUUAACGCAGUUCAUCUGUUGGUGAAGUAUUGAUGUAUAUGCAUUGUCAGACAUCCCCAGUGGUGACUGUUGUGUGGUGGUUCUCAUGAUGUGUAUAUGUUGAUAACUGAAGACUCUUUUCUGAAAAACAGAAGCAUUUAUGUAGUAGUAGUAGUAGUAGUAGUAGUUAUUUUUCUCACAACUAUCCUAUGGUAGGCCAGGUUUGUGGAAUUCUACUGUACAUCUUAAGUAUACCAUGACAGAUUGAGGUAAAUACAUCAUGGUAUAUCAUUGGAGACUGUGGUCAGUACACCAUGGUAUACCAUUGCAGACUGUGGCCAGUACACCAUGGUAUGCCAUUGCAGACUGUGGUCAGUACACCAUGGUAUACCAUUGCAGACUGUGGCCAGUACACCAUGGUAUGUCAUUGGAGACUGUGGCCAGUACACCAUGGUAUGCCAUUGCAGACUGUAGUCAGUACACCAUGGUAUAUCAUUGGAGACUGUGGCCAGUACACCAUGGUAUACCAUUGCAGACUGUGGUCAGUACACCAUGGUAUAUCAUUGAAGACUGUGGCCAGUACACCAUGGUAUACCAUUGCAGACUGUGGUCAGUACUCCAUAGUAUAUCAUUGCAGACUGUGGCCAGUACACCAUGGUAUAUCAUUGGAGACUGUGGUCAGUACACCAUGGUAUAUCAUUGCAGACUGUGGUCAGUACACCAUGGUAUAUCAUUGCAGACUGUGGCCAGUACACCAUGGUAUACCAUUGCAGACUGUAGUCAGUACACCAUGGUAUAUCAUUGCAGACUGUGGCCAGUACACCAUGGUAUACCAUUGCAGACUGUGGUCAGUACACCAUGGUAUAUCACUGGAGACUGUGGCCAGUACACCAUGGUAUACCAUUGCAGACUGUGGUCAGUACACCAUGGUAUAUCAUUGAAGACUGUGGCCAGUACACCAUGGUAUACCAAUGCAGACUGUGGCCAGUACACCAUGG